UGACGUUUUAGGUACGUCGAUUCUGAUUGGUCGCUAGUCCACCUUUAGUUUAGUACGCAUCCCUCUUUCACGGUUGUACCGGAAUACGAGCAACCUAAACAAGACUUUCCAGAUUCAACCAUGGAUCUUGUGCUGAAUGUUGCUGACUAUUACGUUCUCACCCCGUAUGUUUACCCUGCAUCGUGGUCUGAGGACGGGGCCCUGCGGCAGAUUAUCAGCCUGUUGGUGCUGACGAACCUCGGGGCUGCAGUCCUGUACCUGGGCCUGGGAGCCAUCAGCUACUACUUCAUCUUCGACCACAAUCUCAUGAAACACCCACACUUCUUAGAGAAUCAGGUUCAGAGGGAGAUCAAAUAUGCGAUGACAUCUCUUCCCUGGAUCAGCAUUCCCACAGUGGCCUUGUUUUUCGCUGAAGUUAGAGGAUACAGCAAACUGUACAACCAUGUCAAUGAAUCUCCGCUGGGUUGGCCUGGGCUCUUCCUGAGUAUGAUCUCCUUCCUGUUUUUCACUGACAUGUGUAUCUACUGGAUUCAUCGGUUCCUACAUCAUAAGCUUAUUUACAAGCUGUUUCACAAACCACACCACUUAUGGAAGAUCCCCACUCCCUUUGCCAGCCAUGCCUUUCAUCCAGUAGACGGCUUCAUGCAGGGACUCCCAUACCACAUCUACCCCUUCUUCUUCCCCCUCCACAAGGUGCUCUACUUGGCCCUGUACAUUUUCGUCAACAUCUGGACCAUCUCUAUCCACGAUGGUGACUAUCGUGUCCCCGGCGCUCUGACGCCUGUCAUCAACGGCUCAGCUCACCACACUGACCACCACCUCUUCUUCGACUACAAUUACGGCCAAUACUUCACUCUGUGGGACCGCCUGGGAGGCUCCUACAGGCACCCGUCGGCUCUGAUGGGGAUGGGCCCCCACGAUCUGAUCCGGAAACUUCAAGCAGAGGGAAAGUUAGGAGAUGACAGAGUGAAGACUAAAGGGCAAGUGAAUGGACAUGCUGAGAGAGGAGUCACAUGUAAGGAGGAGUAACAGAAGGGGAAAUUACAAUUAAUUGCUGAAAGUGAUCACUAUUUUUGUAAAGACAAUGUGCUACACCCAUGCUCAGCUGGAAAAUGUAGAGCAUAAUUUGAGUUCCUUGCCAAAUAAGCUGUUGUGGAGCAUCUUGAGGAAGCAUGAAGAGGCUGGAGCUACUGGAGCGGCUACACUAUCAGUGACGCACUAACAGUGAAUGGGAGUUUGACUUUAUGAUUAAGACUGGGAAUGGGACUGGUGUCACAAGGACCGAUUUUGACUAAAUCUUAGAUUUAACAAGUAGUUCAUCUUUGUAAAAUCAGACUGAAUCUGAAAAACUUUGAAAACUAACACCUACUUCAAAGGAAAAUUAUGUUUUUCAACAAUUCUCACAAUGGUGGGCAUUUUGACGGUUGUCUCAUGCUCAGUUUGCACUUUUAUUACAGAGAUACGGGAAACACAACUCUGGCAAAAUUACAUACGUCGAGUAGGGGUGGGCAAUGCGGCCCUGAAAUAAUAUCACGAUAUUUCAGGGUAUUUCUGUGAUAACGAUAUUCUUGACGAUAUGACAACAAUCCUGAAAAUUAUGAGAGUAUAUAUAUUUGUCUAUUGAAAAUAUUAUAUAUAUAAUAUUUGAAAGAAUA